AUGCGCCAAUCACAUCGUCUAUCCCACACGCAAUCGCUGUUGGACUUCUACAAGUUGCUAGAGGGCGCUGGCGCUGAGGUUUCUAUUGUCACAGUAGUGCUUGUAGUAUGGAUGGAGGCAGACAGCGGCGUAGUAAGCUGGCGAGUUGUCAAGCUUGCUGUAGUAGCUAUUUGCCUUACUCCAAGCAGUGCGCAAGUUGAUGUAGAUAUGGUCCUCAGGCGCGUCAGCGUAGUUGAAGUUGACUUGCUCGUAUGGGCGCGUACGGGCUUCGAGCGCGCCAAGUAUAUACUCAAAGACAGCCGCUCAGUAGCAAAUUUGAGCGGCUCUAAGCAAUCCUGGUACUCAGUUAUCACUGCCCAAUCAGCAGCAUACUUUAAGACGCUCUCCAGCAGGCAACUCGGCGGUAGCGGCGCGCUGAAACUCUCGAAAUAG